AAUCACAUCGUACGACGUAAAGACAGAGAUGGGAAUAUUUAUUUACUUGAAAAAGGCGAGAUAGCAUGAACAUGAAUGAAAAGGUACCCUAAUCAAUCAAUCACAAAUUCACAACACCAAUUUUUCUGAAUUAUUAUUGUAAUUUAUUGUGAAGUGCGUUAGUUUUAACAAAACUAAGAAAUCCAUGAAAAUGAAUACUAUAUCCAGUGAGUUGAGUAUGCAUGAUUUGAACGUUAGAUUUUUUGAGAUCAUGCAAAAUGAAAAUAAUGCAGAAGCUGCAGCAAAUUACAUAUUCGAAGCUGUGUGUGACGAUGUGACCCUAGGAUUUGCUUUCGAGUUCCACCAUGGCCUGAAGACUGGCCUAACAGACUUGAUAGAGGGUGAGAAAGAGGAAGAGGAACCUUACAAGAUAGUGAGCACGCCAGAAUGUGACGUUUUCGGCUUCUCCAUGAUGAAAAAGACUCCAGAUUCAAAUUGUUCAUGUCCGAACUGUGAAAGGCCAGUUUCAGCUACUAGAUUUGCCCCUCAUCUAGAAAAAUGCAUGGGCAUGGGCCGCAACAGCUCUCGCAUAGCUUCCCGCCGAAUCGCCUCCAACAGCCGAGAGCCAACCUCCUACGCGGGGCUCCUAAGCGACGAUGAAGACGACGUCGACUGGUCAGGGGGCUCCGUGCAAAACGAGCGGCGGAAACGCAGGAUCAAGAACAACAAUAAUAGGAAACCUAAUAAAAUGCAUAAGCACAACAACGGCACGACGAACGCGGACGCGAACGACGGUGGCGCCACCUACGAAACGAUGACCGCUAACGAGAAGAAGAAUUUGCUGCAGCAGAUCUGCGGCGUCGUUUCCGAGCACACUAAGAAACUUUGCACUAGAUCAACUCGCUGUCCACAACACACCGAAGAACAGAGGCGCGCUCUCCGCAACAGCGUGCUAGAGCCCUCCACUCCCGAGUCGCACAGCAUGGGGCUCGCGGCCGACGAGGCGGGGUCGCCGCCCGACUCCAGCCCCUCCUCCUCCUGCUCGUCCUCCAGUCGCAAGCGAGACCGCCACCGCGCCCCGCCCAAGUCCAAAAACAAGAGAGAACGCAAUAUAUCCCCUAAUACAAGAGAUUAAGGACUGAAUUUGAUUGGAGGUUCGCUAAACCUCUUAGGAACUAAUUUAGCUUGACUCCCCCCUUAAAUGGGGGUACGUAACAUUGUAAGGCGUUUGCACGCUUGAUUAGAUAUUUUUUUUAUAAUGUAGGCUGGAAAUAUUUUCAUUUUCUACCGAUAUUUGACGUUUGACGGUUUGAGGCAAGAUGACGUGAAUGGAUAACGCCAAUUCUAAGUUCCUCAAAACAUCUACCAAUAGUAGAUUUAGUUUAAGUUUUUAUAUUCCAUUUUAUGACAAUAAUGUAUAAAAAUGCCAUAUUGAGUGAGUUUUUGACAUCUGAAGUUAAAUUUUUGAGCGUCGCGUGGUGGUUGAAGGUACAGCACUAAAGCUUUGCAAAUUAACUUUAUCUUACGGUGCAUUAUAAUUUUAUGUAAGUACUUAAUCCUUGUAUGUUCGUACAUUGAAAUAAAGUUUGGCCAGCUUUCUUCAGGAUUUAAAAUAAAGAGCGAUCGAAAAAGUCUCAAUUAAAAUAUUUAGGCACGUAAUACCUAUUAUACUUGUUAAAGCAAAAGUUGAAAUCUAAAUAUUUAUACUGAUAUUGUUGAAAAUCACUACUUACAAAAAAAACUUAGAAAUUCACAAAUUGAUAUCGAUUUCAGCUUUACACGGAAAAUGCGUAGGAGCCAUUAAAAUGCCUACUGAUUUGUUUCAUAAUGCCAAUCGAUGUUAUUGUAAGAUUAGACUAUCAUUCGUAAUAAUUCGUAUCGAUAUCCAUAUAAUUUGACGUAUUGAUUUUAUCGAUAAAUAUUAUGUAACUUAUAUCGAUAAACUAAUCGCAACACUAUGUGAUACAUUUAGGUAUAGUUGCAAAAUGUUAUAACACUAAAUUCAAAUAUCGAGUCUUUUAUGGCUCUCGUUACGGUAAGUUUCUUCUUUAGAACUUAUACUUGAUCUGUUGCCUUGUCGCUGUGCCGCAUGAUUCUCUUCACAGCAUAAAUAUCGAAAAAUUUUCCUCCGAAUUAAAGCUGAACUUUUGGGACAGUCAAUGUGAAUUAUAUUAUCUCUAAUGCUUUUCAUACAUAACGUUAUGAGAUUCUAAAUAACUUUAUACUCGUCGGUUCAAACGGUUUCAACUCUCCUCUUCUGAAAUUCAUAUUGAGAAUAUCAAAAAUAUAAAUUCAUUUUGGUCUUAACGAAUAACCACUUUGAAUAUCAAACAGUAUCAUGUUUUUUAUUGAAUGACAAAUGGGCGCUGAAUACUCAGUCAAAUGAGUUCUAAAUUCAUAAGAGCCACAAUACUGAAUUGAAUCUUGUAUCAGCAAAAAAAUGUUUUUUUUUUUUUUUUUUAAGUUGUAUUCGUAUUUAGAUUUAUGUACUUUCUAGUCCCACCGUCCAUUGGUUAAAAGUCAGAGAUUUUCUUAUUGCAAAAUAAAUAUUUAGAAUCUCUAUACGAUAUAUGCUUGAAUUACUUGAAAACUCGGUACCAUCUAAUUUUUCAUUAGAUAUAUGUUUAAAAAAAAAACAAUGUUCAUGUAAAAUUGUAAAGAAACUGAGAUUAUGAUUAUUAAUGUACGUGUAUUAGGUAUCGUCCUGUAUAUACUUAUACAUACCUACUGUAUUGGUCAGGUGUUCAUGUAAAUAUUCACUAAAUGUAACUAUUAUUACCUAUUUGACUGAAGUAGUUAUUAAAUGAUAUGUAUUAAAGGCAUGUAUUGCGAUAAA